ACCGCCGCAGAUGGUGGCUGCGGCGGGGAAGCGUGCCGCUUUGCAGCCCAUGCUGUGCGUGGCCGAUGGUUCUCACUUUUUGCUUCUUUCUUGGUCAUGGCCGGGGCUGGAGCAACUUACCUAUUUGGCGUCUACUCCAAGGAGAUAAAAGCUUCGCUUGGAUAUGAUCAAACAACCCUCAAUCUCAUGGGUUUUUUCAAGGAUCUGGGCGCUAAUGUUGGCGUCCUCUCCGGGCUAAUUGCCGAGGUAACUCCCACUUGGUUUGUGCUGCUGAUGGGCUCCGCCUUGAACUUUGGAGGCUACUUCAUGAUCUGGCUGGCCGUCACCGGCAAGAUAGCCAAGCCAAAGGUUUGGCAGAUGUGUUUGUACAUAUGCGUGGGAGCAAAUUCUCAGAACUUUGCGAACACCGGGGCUCUUGUUACAUCGAUUAGAAACUUCCCAGAAAACAGAGGCAUAAUGCUGGGUCUCUUGAAGGGUUUCACAGGGCUAAGUGGAGCAAUCAUGACCCAAAUUUACCUAGCCGUUUAUGGAAAUGAUUCUGUAUCUUUGAUCCUUCUCAUUGGGUGGCUUCCGGCGGCCAUAUCAGUGAUUUUUGUAUACACAAUCAGGGACAUGAAGGUGGUUAGGCAGCCAAAUGAGCUCAAAAUCUUUUACCAGUUUCUCUACGUAUCCAUCUUUUUAGCAUUGUUUCUCAUGGCCAUGACCAUAACCCAAAAAUUCGUGGCUUUCUCCCAUGCAGCUUAUGCUGGGAGCGCCACUGUGGUCUGCGCCAUUCUCUUUAUUCCUCUCUUCAUUGCCAUCGGACAAGAUUUAACACUCUGGAACCAAAAGAAAAAAACCCCUCCCCCAAAUGCAGUCAUUUCAGAGACCCCGCCUGCAGGAACAGUUCCUGAUUCAGACCGAAAAGCACAGCCCCCUCUUCCCCCUGCCGCGCAGCCGCUGAAAUCAUCUUGCUUUUCAAACAUCUUCCGUAAACCAGAAAGGGGGGAAGAUUACACCAUCCUCCAAGCGCUUCUAAGCACAGACAUGCUGAUUCUGUUUUUGGCAACAUUUUGCGGAUUGGGAUCGAGCUUAACAGCGAUCGAUAACUUGGGGCAGAUCGGAGAGUCACUGGGAUACCCAAGAAAAACCAUAAAUUCCUUUGUGUCCCUUCUAAGCAUAUGGAACUACUUCGGCAGGAUCUUCGCUGGGUUCGUCUCGGAAAGCCUUCUUGCCAAGUACAAGUUUCCCAGGCCACUUAUGAUGACCCUGACCCUCUUACUGUCUUGCCUCGGCUACCUCCUCAUCGCGUUCCCCAUCCCCGGUUCAGUCUACGUCGCAUCGGUGCUCAUCGGCUUCUCCUACGGCGCACAAUUGACAAUGCUCUUCACCAUGAUAUCAGAACUCUUUGGGCUCAAGUACUACUCCACAUUGUUCAACUGUGCGCAACUGUCCAGCCCCCUUGGCUCCUACAUACUGAACGUGAAGGUCACCGGGGCUCUCUACGACCACAAGGCAUUGCAGGAGCUUAAGAAGAAGGGAAUGGAUAGGUCAUCCGUGAAGGAAUUAACUUGCAUUGGCAUUGGUUGUUACAGAAUCGCUUUUCUAAUCUUGGCUGGUCUCACAUUCUUUGGAGCUCUUGCUUCGCUAAUCUUGGUUGCCAGAACUCGAAAGUUCUACAAAAGUGAUAUAUACAAGAAGUUCAGGGAGCAAGCAGAGGCGACUGAUUCAGAGAAGAUGAUGAAGUUGCCAUGUCAGAAUGAAGGUGGCAGCGCAUAAAUGCAUGGAAAAUCCCUCAGUGAUGAAUAGCAAGAAAUCCAAAGAAAGUGAAGAAUGUUGCUUUUCUUUUAGGGUAAUUUUUUUUUUUUUUUUCAUUGGUUGGUAUCUUGUGAUUAAUCAUUGACUAGCCUUCUCUUAUGUGUGUGUGUGUGUGUGUAGUCAUAUUUUACUGUCACCAUGUUCUGAUUGGUUUAAAAAUUGAA